CAUCGAUGGUUUUGCAGCCCUACCUUGUUCGUGUGUUGACCAAACACUUUUUCGCAUAUUUUCCAUUUUCUCAAUUACAAAACAAAAAAACACGUAUUUAAAAUCGACUGUACGCUUGAACUCCAUAUAGAUCAAUAGUUUUUGGCCAACACAGCUGUUCGUUUCAAGCGGAAAGAUUGAAACGAAGCGAUUAGAAAAUCACUUCUAUGAAGCGACAUCUACGCUAGAGGCAGAAACAGAAACGUGAAUGUGAAAGCGAGUCCGCGGCGGCAAACGGCAACAUCAAAACGAAGACCAUAAGUAACAGACCCGUGGAAGCAGGAACAAUAAGCUUACGUCCGUCAACCAGGUCCAGAUCACACAGCUAGAACUCCACAACGUUCGCAUGGUUCAAUUGAAUUUUUUUGAUUUGUCAUAUUAAUUGUUGUUUUGCAUCACAUCGCAUACUCGUGUACUACGUGUUCAAAGUUGUGUAAACAAUCGGAACGCACAAGCCAGCCAGCGCACAGUACAUUCGUAGCGAAGCUCUGCAGGAUUGAAAGCUGCCCAGCUCCUCCAACUCGACCCCCAGGCCAGGCCCUAGGUCGACUCCACUCCACUCUCCAAGUCAAGUCUACCAAUUAAAGAUGGCCGCUGCCACUGCAACCGCCGGCAAUGCAGUGAACGACUGCUUCAGCAUUGGAUCCACAGUGAUGUGCACAACCUGUUUCAAUGAGGAAGUGGAGGGCGAGGUUCUCGCUUUCGACCAUAACACAAAGAUGCUUAUCUUGAAAUGCCGAUCGAAGACAACGGAGGAGCUGAGUGAUAUCUAUGUGUUGAAUCUUUCGCUAUGCAGCAACGUGCAGGUGAUCAAGGAGUGCAACGGGAACUUCGUCGCGGAACCGCAGAAGUUAAAUCUGGAACAGGUGAGCAGCAACGUUAAAAUGCGGCUGAAGAAAGCAGUGGAACGUCGUCGGGAGUAUCUCAAGUCCCAGAACGCUGACGUGAGCUCAGAAGCACAAGAACUUUAUAGAGCGAUAGCCAAACAAUAUGGGUACAAUGAAGUAUCAUGGCAGGGACUGAACAUACAGAUCCUUAACGAAGUCACCAUUUCGCCACCGUACCGAGUGGACAACGUAGUAUCGAGUUCAAACAACGAAACCUCGUGCAACUACAUUAAGCGCAUCAUCAAACAGUUCUUCAACUCCAGAAUUUCGGGGGCACAGGAUAGUACUUCCAAUGCUGCGGCCAGCACUUCGUCAGCGUCGGUCUCCCCAACAUCUUCAUCUCUGUCAUCGAGUAAUGCUGCUUCUGGGUCGCCGGUUCCCGCUAACUAAUAAUAAAAAACAAGACAAAACAAUCGAAA